AUGGAAACUUCGAAUUCGAGUGAUGAAGUUCAAGACCCAUAUCAUAAUUCUUCAGAGAGUGAUGUGGAUUAUAUUCCACCGGAGAAAAAGAAGUCUAGCAAAAUAAUAGAUUUCUUCAUAAAUCCCAAAUCAUCGGCCUUGGCUUCGACUUCCAGCAUCUAUUCCAAUAAGGUGUCCAAAAAAGAUGGAGAUUUAGUACUUGAAAAGAGACAGAAAUCCAAUAAUUCCGCACCUGCAUCCACUGCAAGAGUAGAUCAUAUCGAAAAAUGCAAGAACAGUCCGAUGCUCGAUGGAAAAUUUUUCAUUGUUGAAAAAUGUGAUGAGAAAAUGAAUUGUGAAGCCAUGUGCCAAUUAUGUCUUCCCACAAAAAAGAUGAUCAAGGGUUCUCUUGAAAGCACCACAAAUUUUGUGAAACAUCUGAAAAGGGUACAUGGAGAAAAAUCGUAUAAUGACUAUGUGAAAUAUAAAGAGAAACUGAAAAGUAGAAGAACUACUGCUAAGGACGACUCAGGUGCUUCCAUCAGUGCCUCAACGAUAGAAAGGUCGAAACAAGAAACGCUGAAAAGAUUCGUAAAUUCAAAAGUUCUGGUGACACAGAAGGAGUUCGAGAGAAGAAUCGUUAACUUUAUUGUUAACACAAUGUCCGCGGUGUCUGUUAUUGAAAACCCAAGCUUUAUAAGGUUAUUUGAUGGAAUGAAUGUGAACGUUAUUGGAAGAAAAGCUGCUAUGAAACUAAUCACCGAUAUGUAUAAUAUUCACAUAGACAAACUCAAGAAGGAAAUUGAAAAGCAAGAUUAUAUUUGUUGCACAGCUGACAUUUGGUCGACUAAAACAAGAAGUUUUAUGGGUGUUACACUUCACUGGAUCGACGCUAACUUAGAAAGACACUCAGUAGCCUUAGCUUGCAAAAGGUUUUCCGGUAUUCACGAUUACAAGAACAUCGGAGAAAUGCUGGAAAACAUAAAUUUAAAAUUCGGUAUAAAAUCAACUCAAAUAAUCGCCACAGUAACAGAUAACGGAUCGAAUUUCGUGAAAGCAUUUCGCGAAUUUUCGAUGGGAGAAGAAGAAGUGCAAGAUUUUCAACAGGAAAUUGGCAGAACUCAUGAAGAAAAAGAUGAAGAUGAUAGUGAAGAUUAG